GACUAUUUUGGUGAGUAGUACAGUUAUGUGACCGUGAUCAUUUAUCAACUAUUCUAUAGACAUGAAUUCAACAAUCAGCACUGAGCAUCUUUCACAAGAUCAUGACGAUUUUCGACCAGAUGACGCUACAUGGAUUUUGACGAGUGCCUUCAUUAUUUUCACAAUGCAAUCUGGUUUUGGCCUGCUCGAGGCAGGUAUUGUCUCAAGAAAGAACGAAACAAAUAUCAUGGUGAAAAACGCUAUUGACGUUAUUUAUGGAGGCCUUGCUUACUGGAUAUUUGGUUUUGCAAUAAGUUUUGGGAACAGCGAACUAAAUAACAGAUUUAUGGGCUGGGGAAACUUUUUUGUCGAUUCUGAUGACGAUUUUGGUAUAUUUGCCAAGUAUUUUUUUCAAUUAUCCUUCGCUACGACCGCAACGACAAUUGUUUCCGGCGCAAUGGCUGAAAGGGUAAAUAUCAACGCUUACAUAGCCUUCUCUUUUGUAAACACCCUAUCGUACGCCUUCCCUGCGCACUGGAUGUGGGACGAUAAAGGGUUUCUAAAGGAAAUGGGCGUAGUUGACGUGGCUGGAUGUGGUCCUGUCCAUCUUGUUGGUGGUAUCGCCGCUAUAGUCGCAGCCAUCAUGCUAAAACCACGGAAAAACAAAUUUGAUGAGCAUGGAAAACCACGUGAUAUAGAAAUGGCGUCUCCAACAAAUGUCCUGCUCGGGACGUUUAUGUUGUGGUGGGGAUGGUUAGGGUUCAACUGUGGUUCAACGUUUGGAAUUUCAGGGAUAAAGUGGAAACUUGCUUCCAGGUAGAUUAUAGCUAUGUAACGGAUAAAAUAAGUCAUUGACUUUUUACAUCUACAUUAUUAGCAUUCUCGAAGUAAGGUGUCCAUCAUUGAGGAUAAUCAGGUUAAUUAACAAGAGGUUUUGGCUAAUUAACCUUUCUCACGCCGCCAAUUUUUGGGUGACUUUUCAGCCGAAAUCUGCAAGAUAAGUCCACAUAACGGCGACUUUUUAUAACUUUUUGGACGAAUGAUGGUACAUUUGUUUUGUAAAUGGUUAGUUUAUUUUGAAAAAUUGCUAUUCAUGUUGUUUUAGUUGUCUGCAUUGGUUAACGAGAAUUAGAUGCCACCCAAAAAUGGCGGAUAUUCGUCAUCGUGAGAAAGGGUAAUUGCAUGCAUGGCCGGUCGUACUUUAAACUGCUAUGGCAGCAGUUAAGCGUAAAUAUUUGUUUAGAAAGUUUGAAAAUUUACACAAUGCUCAGUUUUGCGGAGCGAUAUAUACUGUUACUGUACUCCGAACAACUCUGAAAUAUCUCUUGCUCUUGUGCGAUUUGGUACGAGAGUUGAAGAAAAUGUUUUAUAAACUCUCGCUUUCAACUCUGCUAGAUUAUUAUGCUUGUUUCAUCAAGCAGCCUUAAAUAAUUAAUAUCACUUGCGAUAUCUUUAAUUAAUUUAGAUCUGCUGUAGUCACAAUAAAUGGCUCAAUUGGUGGAGGUAUUUUUGGUAUGGCCUACAGGUAGGUUUAACACCGCGGAAAAACGUCUGCGCAUGCGUCAACCUUACCUGUAAUAGUAUUGCGAACUUGAUGAAAAGCUGUUCCGAACGUUUCAGAAGGCACAAAAUGGCGGUAAAAAGGAGUGACUUCAUUGUGCGUCUUUACAGCCAGAUUUCGAGUGCAAAAAUAAACAUGUCAUUCUAAAAAACUAGGAAAAAAUACAGCCAGAAGGUUCAAGAAAUUGUAUUGUACAAGAACAUGAACUAAAGGUGAUUGUUGACAAAUUUAUCGUCUGAAACAUUUCGUUUAUCAACUAAGCAACGAUAAUUUCCGAAUUUUCGUUUGAGAUACAUUUCUUUAAAAAAAAACUGUGUCGCCAAAUAUAAAAAAUUUUCGUGUUCACAAUAAUUAAACUUUAGGAAGUGGGUUAAGAAGUGAGUGGGUUAAGAAGCUUAACUUUUCGAGAGUUUUCUUAACUUUUGAGUUCGAAUUUUUGUUUUGAAUAAUUUUGCAAAAAUUUUCGAAGUCGUGUUCGUUAAAAUCAACAAUUUUUACAUGAAUUAUAUUUUAUUCCAUACUUUAAAUGCCAGGACGCUUUCAAUUAAUGUCUAGUCUACCCAUUUGCUAUGUUUUCUCGUUUGUUUUACUAAUUUUUGACCAAUUAAUAAGCAUGUUUUUGUUUUAGAAAUUGAUAUUCAAAUUCCCCGCCAUAUUCUCAUAAUUUGGUGCAUGCGCAGACGUUUUUCCGCGGUGUUGGUAGGUUUACAUAGUCUGGCUUUUUCCGAACAGCGCAUGUGCCUCUUCAAUCCUUUCGAUAAUUACGUCAUUUGGCCUGGCAACCUCGCUCUCAUGAAUCGUGAGCCAAUCUCGUACACUUUUUUGACGUUGGAGUACACCCUUUCGAUAAUUACGUCACACAUACUUUUUGUCUUGGAGCCUAGCUCCUCAUUAGUAAAUAAUGCAAGGUGAUUACCUUGCAUUAUUUACUAAUAAGGAGCUAGGCUCCAAGACAAAAAGUAUGUGUGACGUAAUUAUCGAAAGGGUGUACUCCAACGUCAAAAAAGUGUACGAGACGUUCAGGAUUUCAAAACACGCUUGAUGAUGGACAUAUCUAGAUUGAAUAUAGAAAAUAAUUGUAUCUAAUAAUGCAGGAUAUUAUGAAGGCCCAGUGAUCGAAACUAAUUUUCCAUACAAGGUCUUCGGCUAUAGGUUCGCAUUUUCAAUUUAACAGCAAUUCACGACUGCUUCCCAGUUAGGUCCUUUUUAUGCCUCCGUCCCCUUAAGAAUUCCUAAAAAUGGACCCGUAAACAGGAACUAGAAGGGAUUUUACGCAUCAUCAGUGGAAAAUAUAUUUAAGAUACCGUGGUUAUAAGACACCUUGAUUGAAGCUCAAGGUUGUCGAUUGUUACCAAUUAAUCUAUGGCAAUCUGCAUGGUUACCGAUAUGAAAUACCCUGGAGGAUUCGGAAAUCAAAGUUAGACUAUUUGUGCGAGCACUGAAAUUUGGAGAUCUAUGGAUGGUGUUAAUCUGGCGCCUGGCGAUACUCCUCCAUGGAUAUAGGCGUAAAUGUGCAUUUAACAUGUUUCCAACCCUUAGCUUUGCCAGAUUGAGAGAGAUUAUUAAUUACGCAUAUAUUAUUAAUCAUUCCAGCUGCAUUUUUCAUAAGAGGAAAUUGCUUAUCAACAUAUUGGUAACUGGAUUACUGGGAGGACUUGUGUCUGUUACAGGUAAGUUGGUUUAAAUCAAAUUUUGCCAGGACGAAGCAUCAAUGCAUGCAUGAUAAUUAUUCGUUUGAUUUUUUAAUCUCGUAUUGCAAUUCUGUAUGUACGUUAUUUACAACAUGAGCGGCGGUGUCGUAUCGAAAGAACAAAAAAAUACAAUGUUGAAGUUAGAUUUUCAAACGCAUUUCGAUGUUUAUGUACGAGUUUUUCGUUAUUUAGUUUUUUUGUACGUUUAAAUACGUUGUUAUAAAUUUGAUAUUUUUUGCCAACUCUGGCCAUGGGGAAGUAACGCUGUGCGCGUGAACUGUGAAACUUGCAAUUCAUGUAAUAUGAAUUAUAGAGAUUUUAGUGUAGAUUAAUCAAGCGAGAAUAUGCAUUUUGAUUAAAGCAAUUUUAUGGAAGUUUUUAAAAAAAAAACCUUUUCGAGAGACCUACAUAUAUAUGGUUUCACGGUCUAAAGUUUACGGUCUAAAGUUUACGGUCUAAAGAUAUGAAUAACCCAUUGACCCAUUCAUGUUCGAAAGGGAAUAGAACAUGCCUUAAAAUAAACCUAUUUUAUUAGGAUUGUUCUAUUAUAUAGUUCGAACGUUACCAAGCACAAAUGUAUAUGCUUCGCUUAUUGAAACGCAGUGUAUCAUGUCAGUGAACUAUAACAAGUAUAUUAGUAUAUAUUAGCUAAAACGUUUCGUAAUAUUUUUGCUAAUCAUAACAAAGUUGGUAUUGUAAUAAGUUCUUAAUUUGAAUACAAUAAGGUAGCGACAAAUAAAUCAAGAACUUUCGCAGAUGAAACGUAUUCCUUCUCAAUGAAGCAUUCGGAGCAAUUAUCAAUAGGCAGGAACCUGAGAUAUCCAUGGCAGGAACCUAUUUGAUAUAAAAAUGUACGUUGUUUACCCAUGCAGCUCUGCACAAAAUAAUGAAUGGGUUGGGAAAGUUAGAAAGACCGAAUAGCUAAUGAAAGUAUCAAUUCUUAGUUUUUUAAACUACUUUUCAAGUAUAAUUUUCGCUGUUCAUAACGUUAUAGGCACACAUUAUGCCCUCUUACGAAGCCUAAACAAUAGGGAAAGUGUCCUUUUCUAAUAGAAGAAGUGCCCCUAAGGCAAAGUGCCCCUCCACUAGAAGAUACUUCCUAUACGCCUAAGACUACAAGGCAUUGAGAUACUGUACGUAAUAUAUAAUAUUUCUUUAACUAUUAACUAGCAAUUUGUGCUGUUUGUCGUCCAUGGGAAGCUUUGGUGAUUGGAUUCAUUGGCGCCGCUGUAGCUAUUGGAGGCAUGGUCAUGGAGGAUAGGCUGUGUAUAGACGACCCCGUUGGAGCGUUCCCAACACAUGCGCUCGCCUCUGUAUGGGGACUUAUUGCCACGGGACUCUUCUGCGAACGUACGGAAGAGUUUGCUAAAUAUUCAGGUUUAUUGAAAGGUGGGACCUGGAAAUUUUUGGGCAACCAAAUUCUAGCAAUCGUCAGCAUAGCCUUGUGGUCGGCGAUCACAACAUGCAUUCAGCUUUACAUCAUCGAUAAAAUAUUUGGCCUUCGCAUGACAGACGCAGAGGAAGAAAUCGGGGCCGAUUAUUACGUGCACAAUAUAUUAUAUAGCGAGGAAACAAAAUCAAUCACACUAACUGAAAAUGAAAACGAAAAUGACAGCAGUGACGAUACUGAUCAAGAAAUACCGUCAGCUAAUGUCGAUGAUAGAGGUCGAAGCACGCAAAAAAAUUCUGCUAUGGAAUGUCUUCCUGUUGACAUGAACAAUCUUCGAGAAAUUAAUUCAAGACACUCGUCUGGAAAGCAUAAAAUGCGAAUAAAUGGGAAUAGUGUCAUUAGUAAUAACGAAAUAUCGUUAAGAGUCGCCCCAUAUUUGGAACAACAGGUGGCGUUACCAAAAGGAACAAGCAAUUGUGGUUAUCAUAGUGCCUAGCCUGCCAAUAUAAGGUCAUCCAUUGUUACCAGGAUAUUAUACAGAGGUAUAUUUAAAUGCAUGAUUUAAUCACUCUAGCAGUUUCUUAAUUUUAGAAUAAACACACA